UUCUGCAAACUAGGGUUUGAUGAGCUUUCAAGGCUGGGAUCCGGGUUUACGCAGGGAGUUAUGGAUUCGCAGGGGUAUCAAUUACAGGAUCGGGAAGGUUCAGAAACAACAAAGAAUUUUGGGCAAUAAGAUCCGGCGAGAUCAACAAGGAUUAUAUCGAAGAGGGAUACUAAGGAAAUCAAAGGCGAGAUUGGGGUUCUCAAGAAAUCAAGAUAUCCUCUUGGAGGGAAAUGAAGAGUUCAUUGCAGGUGAUGAGGAAUUUCAAAAUCUAACUGAUGGUGAGAUGGAGGAAUUGGAUACUUUACAAGUGGACAAUGAUGGGGUUAUGGAACCGGGUGCUCAGAACAUAGCAGGCGGGGAAGAGGAGAAGAAGAAAGGAACUCGCAAAGCUUUGUUUAAGCCAACCUCGCUGGCGGUAGGAACUUCGAAGAAACUGUUUGUCCAGGCAGUGUUAUCACCAAGGAAAAAGGUUCAGGGUAAGGUAGGAAAGAAGCAGGGAAAAGUCACAAGAAAGAAAGAGGAUAAGGGCCCUUCAAACCCGAUCUUCUUCAUGAUUUUAUAUCCAGUGGAGAGCAGUGAAGUGAUGUCCUGUGUGUUGUUGGUGUUUUGCAAUUUUUUUCCUUUAGUAAUAAGCUCUGUGAGCGUUUUCUUGUUGCUGGUUUUAAUGUUGUUUAGGCAUAGUGUUGGCCUUCUUUUGCUUGCUUGUUAUAAUCGUGAGUUACGGUUAAGGAAUAAAAUGGUUGUUUUGGGUUUAAUUGUAAUUGGUAUUAUGGUAUCUGGUCAAAGUGCGUUAUGUGGUAUGAUGGGUUUACAAUGGAAUCUGGUUCAAGUGUGUAAGCGAUGGGUACUAUGGACUAAAUUGGCAAGCAGCAAACAAGGUCAAAGGUAUGUAAUUUGCUUCAGUCAAAUGAAAUUUUAUAUUGGUCUUGGGGGAGAAAAGAAUAAUUUUGGUAAAUCAGAGAGAAAAAUAAGCGUAUUAUGGUGCUUGGAAGUUCUACUAAGCUUGUAUAAAAGGAAGAUGGAAUCUUUGGUUGCUGACGUUCGUUUGGUUACUAUGGAUACAAUGGAGAUUAAACAAUUAUACCAGAAUGUGGUAUUUAUUUUUUCUGCAGGGAACAAGGAAGCUCAAGAUUUUGCGUUUGUCAAUGGUUUUCAAUCACAUUUUGGUUAUGAUAAUUUGGUUACGGUGGACCCGGUUGGGAAGAGUGGUGGUUUGGCCCUAUUUUACAAUAAUGAGCAGCAGGUCAAGGUUCUAUAUACGAGUAACCGUAUGAUAGAUGUGGAGGCAGAGGUUAAGGGGAAGCGAGUUUUCUUAACUUUUGUGUAUGGUGAUCCUGUCCAAAAGUUAAGAGAACAGGUCUGGGAAAGGCUUACUAGGUAUGGGAUUACAAGAAGCGACCCUUGGUUUAUCAUUGGAGAUCUGAAUGAAAUUACUGGAAAUCAUGAAAAAGAGGGAGGUACUUUACGUAGUGCAGCCUCCUUUGUCCCUUUCAAUAACAUGAUACGGAAUUGUGGAUUAUUAGAGUUCCCGGCUCGGGGAAACAAAAUGUCAUGGCAAGGAAAAAGAGGUAAAGGGAAAGGGGCCACGACAAUCAGAUGUAGAUUGGAUCGUGCAUUAGCAAAUGAGGAUUGGCAUACAAUUUUCCCAGCUUCUUAUACUGAAUAUUUGGGCUUGAUAGGAUCAGAUCAUCGUCCAGUAGUGGCCUUUCUGGAGGACAAGGUACCAAAAAGAAAGGGACAAUUUCGUUUCGAUAAAAGGUGGAUAGGACAAGAGGGACUAAUAGAAUCUAUCACUAGGGGAUGGAAGGAAGAUGAUGGAGAUGAUACGGUGGAUAUUGUUACGAGAAUCAGUAACUGUCGACAUGAGAUGGCUAAAUGGCGGAAGAAUAAUCCGCCAUAUGGGAAGGAAAAAAUAGCAGAUCUUCAAAAGGCUCUUGAAGAGGUUCAAACGGAUGACAAUAGGACCCAAGAGGAAAUCUUGGAGAUAUCGAAAAAACUGCAAGACGCAUAUAAAGAUGAAGAAGAGUAUUGGCAACAGAAAAGCAGGAAUAUGUGGAAUACGGCUGGGGAUCGCAGUACUAAAUUCUAUCAUGCUUUAACUAAGCAACGUAGGGCUCGUAAUAGGAUUGUGGGUCUCUAUGAUGAAGGAGGAAACUGGAUUACGGAGGAGCAAGGGAUUGAGAAGGUAGCUGUUGAUUAUUUUGAUGAUUUAUUUACUACUACCUCUCCCUCAGAAUUUGAUAAUUUUCUGGAAGAGAUUACGCCAACUAUUACGUAUCCGAUGAAUCAAAUGUUGAUAAAGAUGGCGACAGAGGAAGAGGUAAGACAGACCUUGUUUAUGAUGCACCCUGAAAAGGCACCGGGUCCGGAUGGAAUGACUGCUCUGUUCUUUCAGCACUCUUGGCAUAUAAUUAAGAACGAUAUCGUUGAAAUGGUAAAUGAGUUUUUGGUCUCAGGAGAUAUGGAUUCAAGGUUAAAUAUUACUAAUAUUUGUAUGAUACCAAAGACGGAAAGACCGACAAGGAUGACAGAGAUAAGACCUAUAAGUUUGUGUAAUGUUGGAUAUAAGAUUAUAUCGAAAGUCUUAUGCCAGAGAUUGAAACUUUGUCUCCCAAAACUUAUAUCGGAAACCCAAUCGGCUUUUGUGGCAGGAAGGUUGAUUUCCGAUAAUAUUCUUAUCGCUCAGGAAAUGUUUCAUGGACUAAGGACCAAUAAAGCAUGUCAAGGAAAGUUUAUGGCAAUCAAAACGGACAUGAGUAAAGCAUAUGAUAGAGUGGAGUGGGACUUUAUUCAGGCUCUUCUCCAUAAAAUGGGUUUUGAUUCACAUUGGAUAAAAUUAAUGAUGGGGUGUAUAUCAUCAGUGCAGUACCAGGUAUUGUUAAAUGGCCAACCUCGAGGUCUAAUAGUCCCCCAGAGAGGUUUACGCCAAGGGGAUCCCUUAUCGCCCUAUUUAUUUAUUAUGUGUACUGAAGCGUUGAUUGCGAAUAUAAAAAAGGCUGAGAGGGGUAAACAACUUACGGGUAUGAAGGUUGCUAGAGCUUGUCCAUCCAUAUCUCAUUUGCUUUUUGCAGAUGAUAGUCUGUUUUUCUGCAAGGCGCAGAAGGAAGAAUGUCAAACUAUUCUUAGGAUUCUAAAGGAGUAUGAGGCGGUAUCAGGUCAACAAAUAAACUUUCAGAAAUCUUCUAUACAAUUUGGACACAAAAUAGAAGAAGCUAGCAGACAGGAAUUAAGAGAUAUUUUGGGAAUUCAAAAUCUAGGAGGAAUGGGCUCUUACCUGGGAUUACCGGAGAAUAUUGGUGGAUCCAAAAUACAAGUCUUUGGGUUUAUACAGGAAAGGUUGAACAGUAGGGUAAAUGGUUGGACUUUCAAAUUUUUUACUAAAGGUGGAAAGGAGGUGAUCAUUAAAUCCGUGGUAACGGCAUUACCAAAUCAUGUGAUGUCGUGUUAUAGGUUACCAAAGGCGACUGCAAAGAAAUUAACGAGUGCGGUUGCGCAAUUUUGGUGGAGCCCAGGAGGGAGUACAAGAGGCAUGCAUUGGAAAUCUUGGGACAAACUAGUGUUAAGUAAGGAGGAUGGAGGCUUGGACUUCAAAGACCUUACGGAUUUUAAUACGGCAAUGCUUGGAAAGCAGCUAUGGCGACUGAUUGAGAAACCCAAGACUUUAUUCUCACGGGUCUUUAAAGGACGGUACUUUAGGAAUGCUUCACCCAUAGAACCGAUCCGAUCAUACUCUCCGUCGUAUGGCUGGAGGAGUAUUAUCUCUGCUAGAUCUCUGGCACUUCGGACUUUGGUAGAUCCUCAGGAUGUACAAAUUAUUGAAAGUAUACCGCUUAGCAGGAACCGAUUGGAGGAUAGGGAUGGAUGGCAUUUCACAAACAACGGAAAAUAUACGGUGAAGUCAGGAUACCAAGUAGAGAGAGUUUAUCCUGAUAAGGAGAAACCAUUAGCAGUAUUUGGACCUUCAGUUGAUGCUUUGAAAUCAUUUUGCUGGAAAGUAAGAUGCCCACCAAAGCUUAAACAUUUCCUAUGGCAAUUGGUAUCAGGGUGCAUAGCAGUGAGAAAGAAUUUGCAGGCAAGAGGGAUAAAAGGGGACAUAUGUUGUGAUAGGUGCGGCGCUCCCGAAGAAUCCAUAAAUCAUGUGUUUUUUGAGUGUCCACCAGCGCGUCAGGUAUGGGCUCUUUCGCAGAUCCCUUCCAGUCCAGCUAUUUUCCCUUAUCAAGGUCUUUUUACAAAUAUGGAUUAUUUAUUUUGGAGAAUUGAUCCGAAGAUGGAAACUUAUCAGUAUGCUUGGAUUCUAUGGUACAUCUGGAAAGGAAGGAAUAAUAAGGUUUUCAGUAACUUAGAUGUGGAUCCGAGAGAUACUUUGAAACUGGCAGAGACAGAAUCAACACUUUGGAUGGAGGCACAAAACGCAGAUACACAGAAUUUGGUGCGACAAGUUGAGGUAGUACCACAGACGGCAAUACCAGGACGUUGGUGUUUCAUAGAUGGUUCGUGGAAAGACAAAGACAGUUUCUCCGGCCAAGGUUGGUAUAGUACUUUAGAAGGUUUCGACAGUUUGAUGGGAGCACGGAAUGUCAGAGCAAGUCUUUCUCCCCUCCACUCGGAGGUAGAGGCUCUGAUAUGGGCAAUGGAAAACAUUAUUCAUGUACCAAGACAGCAGAAUAUGCAGGCGGAUCGACUAGCACGUAGUGCCAGGACACAACCGUUUUUUGUUGUUCACAUGGAUGCAGAGUUGCCGGCAUGGUUUUCAGUGACCGGAUGA